AUGUAUACAAAACCACCUGAAAAAUACUUUAAAGAGAAUCCAACAGAAAUAUCAUUAAAUCCAUUACCAAGUCAUAUAAAGGAUGUUAAUGAAAAUUUAAUCAGUUUAGAUUUAUUAAUUGAACAUUAA